AUGAUGGCGCCCGCUAUCGCCUGCAGCUCCCACCGAGUGCAGCAGCAGCAGCAGCAGCAGCAGCAGCAGCAGCAGCAGCAGCAGCAGCAGCAGCAGCAGCAACAGAGGAGGCAGGAGGUGAAGCUAUUGGCACAGCUGCAGCAGGAGCUGCAGCAGCAGCAGCAGCAGCAGCUGCAGCAGCAGCAGCUGCAGCAGCAGCAGCGAAUCAUAUAG